UCGGGAGCGGGGGCGAUGGCGCCGGGGGCCGGGCCGGGUUUGGAGGCAGCGCCCCUGUCAGCACGGAGGCACCGCAGGGUGCAGAGGGCCGGGGUGCCCGGCGGGCGGCAGCGCCGGCGGUGCCCCCGGUGCCCGUGUCCGCCGCGCCCCGCCCGCCCGGCAGUGACGCGCUGGCCUCGCAGGGCGGAGCCUCCGCCCUCCGCUCCCGCCAUCACCAAACUUUCCGCCGGCCCCGGCCGCCGCCGCCGCCUCCCCGGCACAUGGUACCGCCACCCCGGCGCUGAGCCCCGCCAGCACCCCCGGCCGGGGCGACGCCACCGCGGGGAGCGGGGACAGCGCGGCCGCCACCGCGGGGAGCGGAGACAGCGCGGCCGCCACCGCGCCAGCGCCGCUGUCACCGCCACCCAUCGCGGGGCUCUCGGGAGGACGGGGCAGAGCGGCGAGGGGCGGCCGGAGGCAGCGGAGCCGGUGCCCAUGUGCCCGCGGUCGCGGCGGAGCGAUGAAGCCGCGAUGAGCGCGGCGGGCGCGGGCACCGUGCGGCCCUGGAAGCCCGACCCGGGGCAGGCGGACGGGGGGCGGCCGCCGCCGGGGCCGGCGCUGCCGCUGACCCUCAGCGUGCUGGCCUGGCUGGGCACCGGCACCACCAUGGCCGGCCUCAACAAGUGGAUCUUCGCGGCGCACGGCUUCCGCUACCCGCUGCUGCUCUCGGCGCUGCACAUGCUGUCCGGCGUGGCCGUGGGAUACCCGCUGGGCUGGGCACGGGCACCGGGCCCCCGGCCCCGCGCCAGGAUCUACCUGCUCAGCCUCACCUUCUGCACCAGCGUGGCCCUGGGCAACCUGGGCCUGAGCUACGUGCAGCUGGACGUGGCACAGGCCGUGGCCACCACCACGCCGCUGGUGACGCUGGUGCUGGGGCUGCUGGGGGGCCGGCGGCCGCACCCGCUGCAGUUCUGGGCCAUGGGGCCGGUGUGUGCCGGGGCCGCCUGCAGCAUCGCCGGCGGGCUCUGCUUCUCCCAGCCCGGCUGCGGCUUCCUCCUGGCCGCCACCGUGCUCCGUGCCCUCAAGUCCAUCCAGCAGAGUGUCCUGCUGCAGGAGGACCGUCUGGACGCGCUGUCCCUGCUCGGCCUGACGUCCCUGCCCAGCUUCGUGCUGCUGUUCGGGGCGGCCGUGGCGCUGGAGCUGGGCCCCUCGUGGCAGGGCGUCCUUCGCCCCGACGCCGCGCUCUGGGGCUGCGUCCUGCUCAGCUGCCUGGGCUCCGUCCUCUACAACCUGGCCACCUCCUGCCUCCUGUCCCUCACCUCGGCCCUCACGCUGCACCUCCUGGGCAGCCUCACCGUGGUGGGCAACCUGCUGCUGUCGUGGCUGCUGUUCGGCACGCGGCUGGGCGUGCUGGGCUACGCCGGUGUGGCGCUGACGCUGGCAGGGAUGGUGCUGUACCACCAGCCCCGGCUCCUGGCCGCCUGCUGGGGCCUGCGUGGGCUGCGGCGGCACCUGCACCACGAGUAGGGACCUGUGGGGGGGUUGGGGCCAGGAGGGCUCUGGGGGAGCGCUGUGCACGUGGGUGCCAGUGUGUGUGUGACUCUGUGCACGUGGGUGCCAGUGUUUGAGUCUGCACAUGUGUGCCCGUGCGUUUGUGACUCUGUGCACGUGUGUGCCAGUGUGUGUGUGUGACUCUGUGCACGUGUGUGCCGGUGUUUGAGUCUGCACAUGUGUGCCAGUGUGUGUGUGACUGUGCAUGUGUGUGCCCGUGUGUUUGUGACUCUGUGCACGUGUGUGCCAGUGUGCAUGGCUCUGUGUGCACACACAGCUGCUGAGGUGCACAAGUGCGUCAGUGUGCAUGGUUGUGUGCGUGUGCGUUUUCUGGUGUGCCCAGAAGUGAGUGUACACGUCCUGCUUUGCACAGUGUGCUGGUGUGCCCAGCACUGUGCGCAUGGACGUGCUGACAUGCACACGUGUUGUGUGCAUCGGUGUUGAAUUGCACGCUCUUGGGUGUGAGUGGGUCUGUGCACAGCUCUGUGCUUGUGAGUGUACACAGGCUCUGCAGGUGUGAGCAUGGCUCUGUGUGGGACAUGCCUGUGUUGAUGUGUGUGACGCUGCACACAUUGGUGUGCACAGGCUCUGUGUGCAAGCAGGUCUUGUGCUUGUGGGCACGUGUGCAUUGCCACAGGCUGUACACAGGUGUGUACACGGUGUCUGUGUGGCACACGUGUGCUGGUUAGGUGUGCACAGCUCUGUGUGUGUGCUGCUGGCAGGUACCGCUGUGCACUGGCUCUGCACAUGUCCCUGUGGGUGCACACGGGCUGGACGUGCCCAGGGACACAUGGCUCUGGAUACACAGCUCUGGAUACACAGCCCCGUGCAUCCAGCUGCUGUCCCACGUGGGAAAAGAGACGUGUCUGUGUGUCUGUGUCUGUGUGUGUCACUACUGAGCUCUGCUGGCUGGAGUGGCCCCUGGCUCUCUAUGUACACUCGGUUCUAGUGGCCAAACCGAACACCCAGGACAGGGCGGGUGUGUGUCCCCUCUCCUGUCCCCAUCCCCACUGUGUCGUGACAAUCCCACGGGGCUGCCAGUGGUGCUGCCAGUGUUGUCUUUGUCCCCACUACGCCCCUCAGCCCCCACAGCUGUCCCCACCCCUCCCAGCUCGCUGCAGACUGGCAUCCGUGGCAGAGAUGGUGAGAGCCCAGCUGAGGGCACAGGAGCAGCCUGGGCCAGCUUCCAUCGCUCCAGGACAGUGCUGGGCUGUGACACAGGGCAGUGCUGGGCUGUCGCACAGCACAUGCUCACCAUGGCAAAGGGACAGUCCGGUGUGUGUGCCUGGCACUGCUGCUGGGGUCUGUGGUGGCCGUUGCCACACUUGUAUCUCCACGCCAGGGCCAAAGGACCCAGCUCCGAUUGCACUUGUCCCAAAAUAAAGCUCUAUUUUUGUUGUACUCCA